AUGGCGGAGGUCGCGGCGGGUGCCGUGACCUCACUGCUGGGCGUCAUCCGCAGUGAGGCACGGCUCCUGCGCCUCGUCGGGAGCGACGUGCAGUUCAUCAAGGAGGAGAUGGAGAGCAUGAACAGCUUCCUGGCGCACCUGGCCCGGUCAGCUCCACCUGGCGGCGAGCAUGACGAGCAGGUGCGUACCUGGAUGAACCAGGUGCGGCUGCUCGCCCAGGACUGCAACAACUGCAUCGACCUCUACCUGUACCGCAGGAACCCCGACAUCCACCGCGCCAACAGCGGCCUCUGGCGCUACCUCUGGUGGGUUCCCUGGUUGCUGCACAAGUUGGUGGCGCAGCACCGGGCGGCCGUCCGGCUGCGCGAGCUCAAGGACAGGGCGCGCGACGUCGGUGAGCGACGGCUCCGGUAUGGUGUGGAGAUCCCGUCCAACCUGGCGGCAACAGCGGGGCACUCACCUCCGUCUAUGGCUAGGCUGGUGUCGGCGGCAUCAUCGUCGGCAGUAACAGGUGGCUAUGCCUGUGCUGCAGGAGACGAUGAAGAAGACGGUGACGAUGAUCAACACGCAGUGGCCUUGCUUUCUCGCACUCUGGACGACUAUGUCAAGGCAAAGAUACUGGAGUGGUAUGAAGUAAUUCCUCCAUGCGCCAAAGAGACAUUGUCCCUAGCCAUCGUGGCCCCGGAUAGAGGUCCGGAUAUCAUCGUCACUUUUGCAAAUGAAACUUUGGUUGACAAAAAACACUACUACGGUUGCGUUGUCUUGGUCGACACCCCGGCGCUCCACCCGGAUCUUUAUUAUUAUUCACCAAUAAGACCCAAGGAUGUUCUCUACUACAUCUUGCGCCAGCUCAAGCUCAAGUCAAAAUCCAAAUCUCAGAAGCAAGGCACAGAUCAAGGGGAAGGGGAGGAGGGUCUUGGUUUUUGGCAACGUUACCACCAACAACGGCUUAUUUAUGAUGACAAAAAGAUAGUGCUUUGCAAAAUCAAGAGACGUAUAGAAAAUAUGAAGAUCUAUGAAAAGCUUGACAAGAUCAAGAAAGGUCUUAAAACUCGAUCACCGGCGGGCCAGCAGAGGACGGACAUGGAUCAGAUACAUGUUCUUCUUAAGCAGCUACUCCGGGCAUAUGUGCCCUCGUCUCAACAAAACCAAUUGAUGAGGAACAAAUUCAUGCCUAAUAGAUUAUCAGCAUCGGACGACAUCAUCGUUGCAGUAGCCGAGAAGCUUAAGGAGUAUAUGGAAGCAGAUGAACAAGGAGGAGAAGAAGGUGUAGAAAAAGAACAUCCUGAAGGAGGAAAAGAAAAGGUAGAAGUAACUGGAGGAGGAGGAGAAAUAGUAGAAGAAGAACCUGGAGGUGGAGGAAGAGGAGGAGAAAUAGUGGAAGAAGAACCUGGAGGAGGAGCAACUGCUAAUGAUGAGAAGGAUGACGGCAGUUUUGACGAUGACGACAAAGAAGAUGAAGAAGAAGACAAACAAGAAGAAGAAGAAGAAGAAGAAGAAGAAGAAGAAGAAGAAGAAGAAGAAGAAGAAGAAGAAAGGAAGAUUUGUCUCCAUAUAAAGCAGUAUGUACACAUACUACGGCAAGUGUUCCCGAAGACCAGCAGCUGCUGCAACAGAUCCGCAUCAGACCAAGCUACAGAUACUACAUUGGGAGAGGAUCAAAUCAAACAAAUGAUCGACGAGUCAAAUCAAGAGAUCUUACUGGAACCUCAGGGAGGCAAACAUGACACGGUGCAAGAUGCUGCAGGUCAAAACAAAGAAGAUGAUAUUUUCACAACAAUAGUGGACAAGACAGUGGAUAAAAUCAGGCAUGAAUUCAAAGAGCAGCUGAAGAUCAAAGGGCUUGUGGACGAUAUUAGACGUCAAUUGAAGCAAAAAUGUCCCCUGUUUAUCCUCAAACUUGAUCAGACGGUGAAUCUACCCAGAUGGGAGGAUACCAGAAAUGCAUUGAGCCUGCUAGCAUGCAGUGCUGAUGUACUGAUCUUAACAACCGCAAAGGAACUCCAGCAAGCAAAACAAUAUUGCUAUCCACCAAAGUGUGAGCCUAUAGAAUAUUCUCUUGUUGGCCUCUACUAUGAUACAGUACUCGAGAUUACUAAAGAUCAGAAAGAAGAGAAGUACGAUCCCCAGAUUUUUCGCAAAAUCCUGGUGCUGUGUGAGCCACAUGAAUUCCUCAUGAAGAUGUUCACUCAUGCUUUGUUCUUUAAUCCCAAGAGGAGCAAUGAGGAGUUAAACAAGCUGCAUAAGAACUUACAGGCUUCACCAAAACUGUUUGACAUCAUUGCUAAGAAGAUGUUCAUGUUCUCUUACACUGAUAUGCCUAAAGAAUACAAGUCCUGCUUGUUGUACCUAGCUAUCUUCCCUCCAGGACACAAGAUCAGGAGGUCCACUCUGAUUGGACGGUGGGUAGCAGAAGGCCUGAUAUUCAAGGAAGAUUGGCCCAGUUCUGUGCGCCGGGCCAACCGAUGUUUUGAUGAGCUCAUCAACCGGUGCCUUGUUGAUCCUGCUGAUGAUAAUGGUGCUGCAGGAAAGGUCAAGAGCUGUGUGGUAAGUGAUCUAGUCCAUGGAUUCAUUACCAAGAUCGCCAAAAAACAACAUAUUGUGGAGACACGUCUGUCACGACACUUGGCUCGCCACUUCUCCAUUUUCAAUGAUCUCCAGCUCCGCAGCUCCGAAAGGAUUGAUGGAUUCUUCCAAAGGCUCUCCGAGUCAUCUCGAGUAUCCCUGCUCAAGGUGCUAGAUCUAGAAGGUUGCCAGUGCUUUGGUCGGAAGAACCAACGCUACCUUGAGGACAUAUGUAGCAAGAUGUUGUUGCUCAAGUAUCUUAGCCUAAGAGGAACAGAUGUUACUCAGCUGCCCAGUAAAAUCAACGAUCUCCGUGAGCUGGAGGUAUUGGAUAUCCGACAGACCAAUGUGCCUAUGAAUGCAACAGCAAAUGUCCUGCUCCUGAAGCUGAAGCGUCUGCUUGCUGGUAACACUGAUCGGACUCCAAGACCAACCCUCAGAGCUAAGGAAUCAGUAUCUACUGCUGUCCAAAUUCCUCAUAAGAUUGAGAAAAUGGUAAACAUGGAGGUACUAUCUAAUGUGAAGGCCCGGAGCAGUCCAGAUUUGAAAGAUAUUGGAAAGCUAUGGCAACUAAGGAAGCUCGGAGUGGUAGUCGAUGACGACUCCAGUUACCUCAAGAAUUUGCUUGGAGCAAUCAGUGAUCUGCACGAGUCCCUCUGUUCUCUGUCAAUCACUCUUCCCACAGCUACAAGUCAAGAGUUGCCAGAAGUAUCACUCAAUCUCAAACAUCAACCCAAGCUUCUUGAGAGUCUGAGCAUCAGCGGAACCACACAGAAGGGAUUUCUUCCAUUGUUUGUCAAAGAUGUUAACAACCUUGUCAAGGUUACUUUGAGUAGCACCUCACUGAACCGGAACAAUCUUAAGGACCUUGCCAGACUGCCUAAAUUACAGCUCAUCAGGCUCCGCCACAUUGCAUUCACCAAAUCCAAGAGAGAACUCAUCUUCAAGCAGGACGAAUUCAUAUCUCUCAAGUACCUUCUUGUUGAGGGAUCCACCUUCACUAAAGUUAGCUUUACGAAUGGAGCAGCCUGUAUGCUUGAGAAGAUGGUUUUGUCUUUCACUAACAUGGAGUCUGUUUCUGGAGUAGAAGGUCUUCAAAAAUUGGAAGAGGUCGAGUUGACAAUGAGCAUGAGCAGCAGCAACAAGAAGAACAACGACACGUUGCUAUCAUCAUUUAACAAUGGCAAACAAAUAGUCAAGCUGACACUUGUCGGUACGCCUGAGCAAGGUGAUCAACAAAUCCAGAGCCUGAUUAAAUUCAACAAAGGGGAGUUCCAAAAGCUCAGACUUCUUACUGUUGACUGCUCUGCCACCAAGGUUGUCUUCACCAAAGCAUCUGCUCCUAAGCUCGAGAAAAUCGUUUGGUCCUCAUCCACGUCUCUCUAUGGUAUCGACAACCUGCCAAGAUUGAAGGAACUCGAGUUCAACGGUGACCUUGUCCCUAAGGUGGUGGAAGAAUCCCGUAAAAAACAUAAAAACGAACCUAAUCUCAAACAUAAUAAACCAGAAAUCCAAGGCCAAGCAAAAGGAGGCGAACAAGAGGACGACGAAGAUGCUGCAAGUCCUUCCGAUCAACGCCGAUCCUCGGAUCGAAUCGCUCCCCCUCGCCGCCGCCGCCGUGCCGCCGGGGCCCGGGUGUCGCAAUCGCCUGGUCCGCGCCAUGGACGUCGUGGAGGGAUCAUCGUCGAGCGCAUCAUCAAGGAGACCGGACAAGUCCAGUACCCCAUGCUCACGCGUACCAAUUACCAGAAUUGGGCGCUGCUGAUGAAGAUCGCCUACUCGAUCGAGACGCUGCUCGACGUCAACAACCCCUGCAUCGAGGAGGUGACCGGGCGCCUACGCGCCAUCGAGCAGCGGAAGAAGAAGCCGGCAGCGACAUCAUCUUCAACCGUCGACAAGCAUGGCUGUCUGCUCCUCACGGAGGAGUGGAUGGGCCGGCUCAAACUUCGCGAGAGUGGAGAAAGCUCCGGCAACUCCUCCGGCAGCGCCAACACGAAGCGCGGCAAGACCCGGCGUGGCGGCGGCGGCGGAGGCGGCCGUGAUGGCAAGAGUCGUGAGUGCUCCGGAGUCCGGACAAUCCCAGGAGAUGACAAACGACAAAUGCCCGAACUGCGGCAUCAAGGGCCACUAGGCCAAAGAUUGCCGGAAGCCGAAGGAGGCAAGGAGCAGGCCCAUGUCGCCGAAGGCGAGGAAGAAGAAGAGCAGGCGCACGCCACCGGGUUCUCUUCCCCCUUCGACGUGGGCACCGCCCCCUUCCUUCGGUUCCGCCGCGCCUUCCUCGUCCUCUUCUCCCUCGCGUCCGUUUUUUGUUCCAUAAGCUACAUGUAUCCUUUGCAGCAGUGUUCUCUUUCUGUUUUGAGACGUGUCUUGUGCUGGAGCAUGAGAAGCCACACUGUCGGUAGUGGGGAUUCUGUAUAUCAGAAAUGCAUCAAGUACCUGUCAGAGUGUCAGCAUGCAUCUGCCAUCGGGAGCUACCAAAAAUCAUUUUUUGCUCAUGUCCUCAGAGACAAAAGAGUACUGAUUCUGGUCUUAGCUCAAGCAAGCAUCCAUUUUGCUGUCUCAACCUUUUGGUUUCUCUGGGCACCAACCAUAGUGAAUGCUUGGAAGUGCUGGUUUUCCAUGGUUUUAUGGAGAGCUCCCUUCCGGAAUGAAGACAGCUUUACAAUAGCUUAUAUUGGCGCUGGACUCGCUUUGUCUAUUGUGGCUUAUGAUUACCAGGAGAUUGUAGCACUGGUGAUAGUGUUCUGCAUCUUCCAUGCAUGUGUGGGCUUUAUUCUGCCUUCACUAGCAAGAUUGAGAACAAUGUACCUGUGUGGGGGUAUGAUGAGCUUUUCACUGUCACUGGUAAAUGCCAGUAUCUUUGUUUUCCUGUUACAGGGUGCCGACCAUCGACGCGUCGCAAACUCAACCAUCAUGAGUCUUGCGUCCUAUGGCCUGUUAGGAGCUGGUGCUGCAUUCAUAUGUUGA